GGUCUGGCGACCUUCUCCGUACUGCUCUCCGUCUUCUGUUAUUGCUACCGCCGAUUGCUGUCUGUCGCGUCCUUUGCCUGGCCGACGCAUCAUCUCGCUCGCAACCAGCGACGCAUGUAAUCCACCUUGUUACACAUCCCAGCCGUUGCAGGUCAACCACACACAACCACAACAACAAACCUAAUCCCCGCCAUGGCCGUCGGUCAGGCGCUGCCCACGCGCUUUCCUUGUUGGUGCAAAGCAGUCUAUUCCUGGGGCGGAGAGACCAAGCGAGACCUAGGAUUCAUAGAAGGAGACCUGAUCGAGGUCCUCAACGCGGGCGAUGGCUCUUGGUGGAUGGGCCGUCUCAAGCGCGACAGGCGCAUGGUCGGCUUGUUCCCAUCCAACUUUGUCGAGCUGCUCAGUGAAGACUACCAGCCAUGGGCGCGCAAUGGCAGUGGUGGGAGCUUCUCGAGGCAAAGCAGUGUGCAGGAACAGCCCAAACCUGUGCCACAGAAGCAAAAGAGCAUGUUCAGGAAACCCUUCACUGCCUAUGCUGCUGCAGGCGCCCCGAACCCUGCCGCUGCCGCCCGCGAAAGGCUCCGUGCGGGUGGCAUAAACUCCGCAAACGGCACUGUCAAGACGAAGUCGCCAUACUCAUCCAUGAAGCGCCUGUCUCAGGAGAGUAGCGAAAGUCCGCCGCCAUCCGCCCCCGCGACAAGAGCGCCCUCGAAUCUGCGCGCCGUAUCCCCACGACCACCUUCCAAGAGAACACCCGCAGCCCGAGCAGUCUCCCCAGCUCCACCUUCACGUCACGGCUCACGCAUACGCGCCCAUUCUCCCGCUCCACCAUCACCGUACCAACAUCAACAGCCUCGUGGCGUCUCGCCCGCACCUCCCGUUCAACACCAGCGCUACAGCAGAGCAGUUUCUCCUGCACCGCCACCACAACCAGCUUAUGACCCAUACCGUGCCGCAUCGCCCAUUCCGCCAACUCAGUAUCAACGAUAUCCGCGAGGAGUGUCACCCGUUCCACCGACCCAAUAUCAGCAGCAUCCGCGAGGAGUGUCACCCGUUCCGCCGACCCAAUAUCAGCAGCAUCCACGCGCAGUAUCGCCUAUACCACCUACCCAGUAUCAACAUCAGCGAGCAGUGUCACCUAUUCCGCCAGCGCAGUACCAGCAGCAUUCUCGAGCCGUGUCCCCAGCACCAUCAUACCAAUACCGGGCUUAUGACAGAGGUCCAUCUCCGGCUCCCUCAUUCCGACGACCUUCGCACACACCAUCGCCAGCCCCAUCUUUUCAGUACCGCGCAUACGACCGAGGUCCCUCACCAUCGCCGUAUCAACACCAACUAGACCACAGCCGUGGCCCCUCACCGGCGCCGUAUCAUGAUGACCUCGAAGAACCUAUUGACUCUCCACCACCGCCCCCUCCGCCGCACCGCGUCACCUACAACCCUAGUCGAUCGCCUUCUCCGGCUCCUCCAUCGCAUCUUGGCUAUCACACACCCGAACCGCCUUCGCCUGACCCGAGGUCACGUGGCGGUCACUUCACGCCUUCGCCACUUACGACAGCAAUGAACGAUGUUAUGUCCUCUUUGCAAGAUAUGACCACGACACAAAGUAAUGAAUCACCUGAGCAAGUCCCAUCACCGUCAAACCCAUGGUCACCAGAAGCCUUUGAUCAAGUAUACCAGGCAUCCGCGCAGAAAGUUAGAGCACAGUCAGCAAUUGAUCUGGAUGACGAUGACGAUGAUGAAGCCCCGCCAGAUGUCAACAAUUACAUGCAGCGCAUGGAGAGUCGUUUACGCCGAAUGCAGCAACAGGAGAAAAACGAUGGCAGUGACAUGCUUAUGGAUGAUGAUCAAGGACCUACGGUACCGUUGAAGACAGCAAGUCAGAGACCAGGAUCGUCUAUGGGUGGCAUCGAGCAAGAGGUGGAGCGGAAAGGAUCCAGGCUACUCCGGAAUCGCAAGUCCGCUUAUGACAUUGGCCGUAACGCACUUGGCCGUACCUUUACGAGUAAAACGAAUUCGACGACAACAACGGCAACAACUCUCACUAGUAACAGCACUAACCGCAGCUUGAUGUCUGGACACUCUGCUACGAACAUGAGUGCUACAAGUGCUGGCAGCUAUUACCGCAAGAAGUUUGGCAAGGAUCGCCCGAAGAGCCUAAUGAACAUAAAAGACAUGCCAGGGAAGGGUUAUGGAUUCGAUGACGGCCGACCCGAGACGCCUUUUACUGGUGUGACCUAUCACUCAAGCCACGCCUCCCAAUCGCGACCCGGUUCGAGCGAUCAACAGCAAGCCGUUGUCAGCACGCAAGCAAGCGACGAUCCUCACCCACUUGGUGGUUUGAGGCAACCAAAGGCGAAGCGUAGCGGAUUCUUUAGGAAGAUGAUCGACACUGCAAAGACACAAGCAGCCAACGCUCGCAGCACUAUCGAUACAAUCAGUCGGCCUGCGUCUCGAGCAGCUAGUCGCGCUGCCGGCCGUUCUACCAGCCGCGCUGCAAGUCGCAUGGAUGGUCCAGAGCAAACCGGCAUUGAAGGCGGCCCGGCCACGCACUCAGCAAACACUUCGAGGGAUAUGGGUAUUGGCACAGUGGAUUGGGUGCAGGUGCGAAGGGACAUCAACCGAUCUAAUUCACUGAGCAAAAACGAACGCGCGGAACGUGCUGAGAGGUGCCAGAUGAUGGAUUAUCCCGUUUUGAACCCGAUUGACAUCCUGAAUGAGUCUGUCCAAGGCGACGAAGGCCUUGAUGGACUUCCUAUUACAGAGCCAACAGACUUCUCAGCUUGCAGUCUCUCUCAUGUAGACAAAAGCGCACGCUUCGUUAACAGCAUUCCUCUGGGAACAAAUCCUGCCACGUUGGCACAGGGCUACAUAUGCCGCCCGUACCGGAGCGACAUUCAGCGGCUUCGCGCCAUCUUCACUUGGGUCAGCGAACGCAUCUCGUGGGAAGAAGACUUUGAAGGGGAGAUGGACCCGCGUCAUGUGCUGCAAAGUAAGCGUGGUUGCUCUGAAGAAAUUGCCAUGGUAGUUGCGGAGAUGUGCGCUUCCGUUGGUAUGCACGCAGAGGUAAUACGCGGCUAUUUGAAGACGCCCGGCGAGCCUUUGGAUCUCGAAUCUGUCGCCCGACCGAACCAUUUCUGGAAUGCUGUGAUCGUGGAAGGCGAAUGGCGCGUGAUGGACUGCGCACUUGCCGGGCCUACUCAUCCAAAACGCAUGCAUUAUUCUACGGCUGGGUCGUCUGUCGCCGAGACUUGGUACUUCCUGGCCCGUCCAAUGGAGAUUUGCUACUCGCAUGUGCCACUCCUCCCGGAACAGCAACACAUCUGUCCACCCCAACCUCACGAAGUGCUCAUGGCCUUGCCCUGCGCAACACCUACAUACUUCCGACACGGCCUCAACGUGGUCAACUUUGACACCAGCGUGCUAAAUCUGGACAACCUUGAAAUGACGCAUAUUUACAUCGACGUACCUGAAGACGUGGAAUGCGUGGCUGAGAUUGAGGCAAGAUGCUACUCCCAGGAUAUGGAUGGUGACUUGUUCGAGAGUGGAGACGUAGUCAAGAAGCCAGCCCUGGCACAGGCUGAAUGGUAUGGAGGACAGAAGCGAUACACAGUCAAGGCACUCCUCCCAACCGAUGGAGGCCAAGGUGUGUUGAAGAUCUAUGCUGGACCUCGGGGACUGAUGCAUUCGAACAAGCUCAAUCCUCACAACUUAGCUAUUGGUCUGCCUAUAACGCAUUCUGGCAUGAAUCCUCCGUACUCAUUCCUAACUCUCCAUCCGACGCCGCACGCCCAGAGACACGAUCUUUAUGUCGCUCAGCCACAGUGCGCCAGUUUAGCUCUGAACAAUACCUUUGUUUUUUGCGUCCGUCAACACCCAUCGUCUCUUACAAAGUCACCCGAGCCUAGCCCCGCAAUGCACGGUCGAUCUUCACCUAAUCCCUUUGCUCGCCCCACAUCUGCUAUGAGCAUGCAGAGCAUAUCUGCGACUGGCUCAAAUUAUACCAAUCCGUCUCAGGCUUCCUCAGGCUCAGCAAGUAGCAACAGUAACAAGCCGGCCAAGUUAGCGAUACAGACACCCUCUGGAAAGAUUAUCCGUCUGACACGAAAAAUUGAACAUAUGAGCGCCACGAGUGAAGCUGAUGGCACAGCAUGGGAGACGGUUAUCAAGAUUGGCGAGAAAGGAACGUGGCGAGGCUUGGUCCUUGCAGAUCGUAGUGCGAGGUGGUGUGUCUUUGCUCAAUGGGAGUGCGCUUAAAGAAAUUUCUCCUUUGGCGCAAAAAAAGCUCGCAGUUUAGUUGCUUCUUCCUCUUCUUCUUGCCUUAUUUGUGAGCCACUACUUGAUGAUUUGUAAUGAUGUAGCGUUUGGUGUUCAGCAUACUAGCGACGGCUGCGAUAGAAGUUUCGCAUGAUUAUGGCGUUUUGUAGGAUAUGGGAGGGUGUGACAAUAUGAUUAUGGAGUAUUUGGUACUUUUUGCGCAGCUUUGAAUAAUCGCGAUUAUCUGACU